AUGUCUCCCACUCAGAAAGCGAUCGUCGUGUCAGAGCUCGGUAAACCCGUCACUCUGGUAAAAGUGGCCGUUGCCGGUCUCAACCCUCAUGACCAGAAGAGCCGUGACUGGGGACUCUUCAUUCUUCGAGAUCUUACCCCGGUCCCAAAAGACUACUCAGGGGACACCGACCUCCCCUCCGUCCCUACCAACGACGUCGUCGGGAGGAUCACAAAACUGGGUCCAGGAGUCACUGAUCUUGCAAUUGGCGAUCGUAUCGUGUAUCAACCGUCAUUCGCUCCGGGUUCGAAACAGAAUGGCCUGCAAGAAUAUGCCCUCGCUGAGCUAGGGGCUCUGACUAAGAUUCCGGAUUCUAUUACAGACGAUGAAGCUGCUACGUUGCCUACCAACAUCAUUGCGCCUUUAGUGGCUCUGUUCGACGCGUUGCAGAUCCCUGCACCGUGGUUGCCCGCUGCUAAGGACUUUGACUACGCCAACACGACAAUUCUGAUUGUUGGAGGUGGGUCAAACUGUGGCCAAUUCGGUGUCCAACUCGCCAAGCUCGCAAACAUUGGGCGCAUAGUAGUAGUUGGUGGGGAUGAGGCCAAGUUGAGGUCCUUUGGGGCCACUCAUGUCAUCGACCGCUAUGCUGGGUACGAGAUGGUACUAACCAAAAUUCGUGAUAUAGUAGGCGACGAUUUAGUGUACGCCUAUGACUCUAUCAAUCCUGCAGAGGGCCAGUUGCUCGCGUUAAAUGCACUAUCAAGCAGCAAGAGAGGCGCACUGGCCCGACUCAUACCUCGUGUCCCGGUUGACGAGUCGAAAGUCCUGGGGAAGAGAGCAGGAUUCGAUGUACGUGAUGUCUUUGGCAGCUCGCAAGUGCAUCCUGAACUCGCAGCCGGAUUUUGGUCACGAGUUCCAUCCUACCUCGAGUCUAGGCAAAUCAAGCCACUAGCUUAUGUCGUGAAGAGGGGAUUAACGGCUGAGAACGUUAAUGAGGUGCUAGACGCAUAUAGAGACGGAAAAAGUGUUGCAAAGACUCACAUUCAUCUGUAA